UUGUAUUGAAUACAAGUUUGCUUUAAUAUCUGAGGAAUUCUACAGUAAAUCUGUCUGAAACUUGGAACACAGGUACAGUAGGUGUCCCAGAGGAGGGAUGUGUUGAAAGUGGGACAUCAACUACUAAGGAUGAUUUUUAAUGAAUUGUUGAAUAUGCAACCAGACUGUCACUUUGGUUGUAUUGGGCUGUUCCAGUGCACGCGCGCGCCGGUGUAGGCUUUCAAUCGGGAUAUAAAGCGAAAAGGUGAUAACGUAAAGACUGGUGUGAAAGCGCAAGGAAAUUUCUGCGGCGGAGAAGAAGCGGCUGGCUUGACCGCGGCUCACAAAUGACGGCUCACUUGACCGCGGUUGUACGGGUGGCGGUCCGUAUCCGACCUCUGCUCCCUAAAGAAGUCCUCCACCGCCACAGGGUGUGUGUGCGGGUAGUGCCGGGGACCGGACAGGUGAUGGUGGGCGAGGACCGAUGCUUCUACUUUGACAACGCGUUUGGACCAUCAGUCAGCCAGGAUGAGGUGUACGAGUCCUGCGUCCAUCUCCUGGUGGAGCGUUUGGUCAACGGCGAAAAUGCUACCGUUUUUUGUUACGGGCAGACUGGAUCAGGCAAGACGUACACACUGGGUGGAAGGAGCCAAGAUGAAGAGGGGGGAAUUAUUGACCGUGCAGCCCAGGAUCUGUUCAUAUACCUGGCGGAGAAGACGAAGGAAAGUGAUGUUGUGGAUGUCACAGUGAAGGUGUCCUACAUUGAGGUGUACAAGGAGGAACUACGAGACCUGUUGCAGCGGCAGACCACCCACAAAGAGCUUCAUAUCAGGGAAGAUGAGAGGGGAAACACGGAGCACAUGCUUGCGGAGGGGCCGUAGUUACACUCAGCAGCACAGGAACAGAACAGGAGGGAGAGACCGAGAAAGAGAGCCAGGGACAACAACUUCACAUUAGAAAGAUGAAGAGGGGGGAAUUAUUGACCGUGCAGCCCAGGAUCUGUUCAUAUACCUGGCGGAGAAGACGAAGGAAAGUGAUGUUGUGGAUGUCACAGUGAAGGUGUCCUACAUUGAGGUGUACAAGGAGGAACUACGAGACCUGUUGCAGCGGUAGACCACCCACAAAGAGCUUCAUAUCAGGGAAGAUGAGAGGGGAAACAUGGAGCACAUGCUUGCGGAGGGGCCGGGAGAGACCGAGAAAGAGAGCCAGGGACAACAACUUCACAUUAGAAAGGUAUAGUAAUCAUCCACAACUAUUUUCAGUUGCACAUUGUGAAGGGGAGAAAUAUUUUACUGCUAUUAUUUGUUGCUAUUUUUAUAAUCAUCAUUACCAUUUCAUGUUAAUAGGGAUGUUGCAUUCAGAUGCAUUCAGAUGUUCAAACAUAUUGGUAUUGUAUUAGCCUUUGUUACAGGUACAAAGAAGAACCAUUUUAAAUGGUUGAGUUGAAUCUAUAAUUUAAAUGUUAUUAAUGCUUUUAUGAUCUCUGUGUAGAGGACAGAGACAGGAAAAUACACUCUGUG